GACGACGAGGUGAGGUGAAUAUGCCCCCUCCCCGGGUUUGCCUCCCCCAGGAUACUUCGCCCCCAGCUGACACGCGCCGCCGCCUCCAUCCCUGCCUGCCUGCUGCCUCCACCUCCCAGUACUGUGAGAGAGGAGAAGGUGCCCCGCCGGUUCUUGAUCUGCUCCCUCCGCCGUCGGAUUGGUUCCAACAUAUCAAGAUCAUGUGUGCUUGAUGCAUUUGUAGGUUGGGGAUGCGGUUGAAUCUGCGGUCGUUACCGUGCCCAGAACAGGAGGAUCAAGAGAUCUUUGAGGAAAACAGAUAGGGGGAGGAUCCUAAACUGAUGUAGCAAGAAUGUCGAGUGGGCUCAAGAAGAAGAGCCUGGAGUGGGAUCUGAACGAUUGGAGAUGGGAUUCGAACCUGUUCUUGGCCACGCCAUCGAAUGCUUCCACCUCAAGGUGCAGAAACAGGGAGCUGGGCCGAGCCGAGGGGGAGAUUGAUUUCGGUGUGGUUGACAAGAGGAGAAGAGUCUCACCAGAGGAGGAGGAUGAUGGUGAGGGGUGCAGCAAUGCAGCGACCACCAAUGGGGACGACAGCUGGAUUGCUGUUCAGAGAGAAAGGAGCAGUGAGGAUGAGAUGCCUAGAAAAGGUGCCUGUUCUAGCAGCACUCCGUGUUGCCAAGUUGACGGCUGCCUGGCCGAUCUUAGCAGUGCCAGGGACUAUCAUAAGAGGCAUAAGGUGUGUGAAUUACAUACCAAGUCGGGUGUGGUUCGUAUCAAAAACAUAGAGCACCGGUUCUGUCAGCAGUGCAGCAGGUUUCACUUUCUUCAAGAAUUUGAUGAAGGGAAGAAGAGUUGUCGCUCACGUCUAGCACAACAUAACAGGAGGAGGAGGAAAGAACAAACCCAGGCUGGUUUAGAUGUGAAUUCCUUGAACGGAAAUCAUUCUUUGAGCAACAUGUUACUCUUGUUGUUGAAACAACUUUCUGGCCUAGAUUCAGCUGGUGGUUCAUCUGAGCAAACCAGUGGUCCUAACUAUUUGGUCAAUCUUUUGAAGAACCUUUCUACUAUUGCUGGUACACAGACGUAUCAAGAUAUGGUAAAGAACACGAAUUCUGUUGCAGUACCAUCACAUGCUGGCAACAAUGUUGCAAAUGGCAAUAGUGUACAUGACCCAAGAUCACCAAUUCCUGUGGGCACUGAAUCCUCUGCAGAAGAACCUACACAGAAACGGCGCAUGCAAAAUUUUGAUUUGAAUGAUGCUUACGUGGAAGAAGAUGAGAAUCGAACAGAUAAAAUUGUUUUUAAACUCUUUGGAAAAGAGCCAAAGGAUUUUCCUGCCAAUUUACGUGCACAGAUCCUAAAUUGGUUGUCGAAUUUCCCAAGUGAUAUAGAAAGCUACAUCAGGCCUGGAUGUGUCAUCCUAACUAUUUACCUUCGCCUCCCUAAUUGGAUGUGGGAUAAGCUUGCUGCCAACCCAGCUCAUUGGAUACAAAAGCUAAUUAGCAUGUCCACUGAUGCCUUAUGGAGAACAGGAUGGAUGUAUGCUAGAGUGCGGGACCAGCUGACAUUGAGCUGCAACGGUAGCCUUAUGUUAGUAUCACCAUGGCAGCCUAUAAUAGGAAACAAGCAUCAGAUAUUGUUUAUAUCCCCUAUUGCUGUUGCUUGUUCUUCAACAGUGAACUUCUCAGUGAAAGGUUUCAACAUAGCUCAACCAACCACAAAAUUAUUUUGCAUUUUUGGUGGGAAAUAUCUAAUCCAAGAAUCAACGGAAAUGCUACUUGAUGGUACUACAAUGCAGCAAGGCCCUCAAUGUCUGACCUUCUCUUGCUCCUUCCCUAGUACUAGUGGAAGAGGAUUCAUAGAGGUUGAAGAUUAUGACCAAAGCAGCCUUUCAUUUCCCUUUGUUGUUGCUGAAGAAUAUGUAUGUUCUGAAAUUCGAACACUGGAGCAUGUACUGAAUUUGGUUUCAUUUGAUGAUACCUCAGAAGAAAGAAAUGAUGUGUUCACUUAUCGGGAUCAAGCCUUAAGAUUCUUACAAGAAUUUGGUUGGUUUCUUCAAAGGAUCCACAUACGAGCUACAUUUGAAACACCAGAAGAUUGCACUGAGGGAUUUCCUGCUGCAAGAUUUAGAUGGCUGCUAUCCUUUGCGGUUAAUCAGGAAUGGUGUGCUGUUGUAAAGAAGCUUCUGGACACCUUGUUCCAGGGUAGUGUUGAUCUGGUUGGCGCAUCAACAGUUGAAUUUGUCUUGGGACAAGAUUUAGUAUUUACUGCUGUCAACAAACGGUCGAAGUCUUUAAUUGACUUUCUGUUGACAUACACAACAAAUUCUGCUCCAAUGGACAGAACUGAAGGCGCUGCUUCAGUUCAGUUCUUGUUUACGCCUGACAUAGCUGGUCCUUCAGACGUUACACCUCUUCAUAUUGCAGCCUCAAACAGCAAUUCUGUUGGUGUUUUAGAUGCUUUAACUGAUGAUCCUCAACAGCUGGGAAUCAAAGCAUGGAAGAAUGCGCGUGAUGCUACUGGACUGACUCCAGAGGACUACGCUCAGAAGAGAGGCCACAACUCCUACAUCCAGAUGGUCCAGAACAAGAUUGACAGCAGGUUACCCAAAGCUCAUGUGUCUGUCCCCAUGACCGGCUCCCUAUCGACCACCGAUAUCGCUGAAAAGCAUUCAAAUCGUUCGAAGCCUACAGAUCAAAUUGCAUUUGAUGUGGAAAAGGGCCAGCAGAGUGCAAAGCCACCACCAAUCUGCAGACAGUGUCUCCCAGAACCCGCAUACCGUCAUCAUGCAAACAGGUUUUUGUCGACCAGGCCAGCAGUGCUCUCCUUGGUUGCCAUUGCUGCUGUUUGUGUCUGUGUAGGAUUGAUCAUGCAGGGGCCACCGCACAUCGGCGGCAUGAGAGGUCCUUUCCGCUGGAAUUCCUUGCUUUCAGGCCCCAAGUGAUGUGAUGAUGAUGAUAGACGGCCAAGCAUUUGCAAAUACAGUUUAACUGUAUCAUGUAGCAUGAGGAUGCUUGUUCUGACUGUGUAGAUUAUUGUAACACAGAUAUUCUUCUUAGCAAAUCACAUGUAGUGUAAAAUCUUUAGAAUGCUUAACUUGCAUAUAUCGAAACCCCAACUUCUUGUGAUUGAAAGAAACAAGACCAGAUGGAUGAGUUAUAUCAGAUGGUUUAGUUUUGACCAUGAGCAGCCACAACAGAAACGCAGCAGGUUCAAUAAAACUGUUGUGGAAACAAACAGCAGCACUAUCACAGACAGAGAGCAAGUAGCAGAGCAAUACUGGCUUGGAUCAAACUGAAAUUGCUGAUGAUAGGCUGGGUGUUAAAAUAGUUAAAAUUGCUCUCUUUCUUAAAUGAGAGGCCGGACAUUGAGGCUUUGUUAAUUAGAUGGAUUAACUUAGAAAAUUAUUUGCUACUACAACUGUUUUAUAUGU